AUGCGGCGAGGGUACAUCUGGGACCACGACGCGUUGGGCAACCUGGACGAGCAGGAGAUUAACGACGAGCCGCAGAAGGUGCAGGCGUGCGCGAUGCUGUGCGCAGCCACGCCGGAGUGCUUCAUCUGGCAGCUGCGAGUCGUGGAGGAAGGAGCCUUCUGCCGCAUGUGGCGGGAGGAGCAGAGCCCGUGCCUGGCGGACCCUACAGACGGCGCCAACCCCAUCCACUAUAACCCCACGCCCCCCUGGAAGGGCGUGUUCGGCUUCGGUGGCGGGUGCAACCGCAGCAAGCGGGGUCGCGGCACCGAGAGCACCGCAGGAGGGCACGGGGGGGCUGGGGGGAAUGUUACAGCGGCGGCAGGCGGGACGGGAGGGAAUGGGAGUGUGACGAAUGGGGGGAGGGAUGGGCGGACUAGGCAGCACGGGUACGAGGGGAAGCAGCAGGAGCUGGAAGGACAGCAGCUGGUGCCGCAGGCGCACGCGCAAGGGGCAGGAGGGAGGCUGCCGAUGCUGACAGUGGAAGGAACAGCCGGGAUAAGGAGAGACCCCAAUGCCACAGCCGCAUGCCCUGAUCUCAUGUGCAACGUGGCCAUCAAAGGUAUCUUCUUUGACCACGAGGGGAAGGGCCAUCUGGGGGAGAACACAACUGGCCCAGCCAACCGUGCCCACAGUUGCUGGAUCAUCUGCCGUAAGACUGAGGGCUGUGCGUUUUGGAGCUAUCAUCGAGAGAAGCCAGAAGGUCGUUGUACAAUGUGGAGUGAACAGCAAGACCCAUGCAAGCCUGCAGACCCCAAUGACCCUACAACUGCACGAUUCCGGCCGUGGCCAGAUAGAGAGUACCUUGUUGGAGGGCACUGCACAGGAGGGGCCACACCUUUUGGGCAUGUGGUGCGUCGCAAAGGCCCUUAG